GUUACAAAGCAGGAUAGUGGUGCCAGCAACCGGCUGGAGGAACGAUGGUUACUGAGGACUGACUUAACGCCGGGCGGUGCAGCUGAGGCACGUCCGACCAACAUAGAGAGAGAGACAUUUUCAACCUCCUGAACUAAAAUCACCGGCACUACCUCCUUCAGCGGCACUCAUCUACACAAUGUCCAGGGAAUUUAAUCAGCAAACUACUGCGAAUGAUGGGAUGCCAGCUGUGAAACUGGAUCUUGGGGCAAUGGUAAUCAAAUAAAGUUGUUAGGCGGAUCAUGGCAGAGGCGGUAAACACAGGAAGCGACUGUGGAAGCGCUCCGCAUGAAGUGAGCUUAUCGUUUCCCAGCGAGGAAUACGAGUGCAAAAUAUGCUACAACUACUUCGACGCGGACCGCCACAAACCCAAAUUAUUGGGGUGCUCGCACACCUUCUGCCUGGAGUGUCUGGACAGUCUCCACUUCCGGGAGGGUAGAGGAUGGAGAAUCGGGUGCCCCCUCUGUCGUCAUCGCACUCCCGUCCCGGAAUAUCGGGUCCACAACCUCCCCGACAACACCACGGUGGCUGAUGCGCUCCCGAUAAACAUUAAGCUGGCGCGGCACAUUGACGAGCUGGUGAACACGCAAAAUACAGAUGUGGGUCUUUCUGUCUCCUCGACCUCACAGGACAGCAACGAGAGCUGCCACACUUGCAGACAAGUCGCUCUGAUCACGGGUUGUGUGUGCGCCACCUUCUGUUUCCUCUCCAUGUUAGUCCUGCUAUUUCUGGGCCUCGUCUUUGUGCAUAACUUCAACAAUACCCCGCUGCCCGUCGGCGCUAUCUGUUUGUCUGUGGCCAGCAUCCUCGCCCUGUUCUCCGCUAUUCUCACUUGGUGUGUUUGCCUCCUGAUAAACCGACCCGAAUCUGAGUCAAGGCAUUUAAGUGCCCCCUCCUCUAAUGUCAGCAGGGGGAAUGCGAUGUAACAACCUGACUGUACAUCAACAGAUAUUAUAGGGUUGCAUAUCCAGUCUAAUUGUAAAAGUUUAAAGGGAAAUUUUCCCUGAAAUAUAUUUCGUGUCUAGUGAGCCAGAUCAGACAGUAUUUGUGAACUUGGAUUCAAAUGGCUGCUAAAUAAACCAGAGCAUGAAAUGAGCUGAUCACUAUAGGGACACCUGGACCAGCUCCAGUGACGUUAUGAACAGGCAUAUCUUUGGCUCUCACAUUUAAAUGAGCUGCAAAAUGUGGCCACAUUCCAGUAAAGACAUUACUAUGAUCUAUUGUGCCGUUUCAGGUGGUAUCACAAGUUAAGAGUUUUGUCUUCUUUCAAGCUUUCAAGGAGUUCAUGGCCACAAAUCUAGACCAAGCUGUUCAAGAUCAUUCAUCAUUCAUUUGGAGAAUCUCAGCCAGGUCUCUGAAACUGAUAGACUUUGAUUUUUCUCAAUGCCUUGUGCAUUUUGUAACUUGCACUUUUGCCCCUUUUAAAGGCUGUAUGGACUCAGUGGCUAGAGCAUGUCUGUAUGACACUGUUGGUCACAGGUGAUUGUUGAAGUCUAUUGUGUAUUGCUGGUUGUCUGUGUAAAAAUUCAACAACAUCUGCAACAGUUAAAGAAUAAAUAUACCACGAUCAGAUAAACUAAAUGGUACUGUGUAUAGGACUUACAGUCUGAACUAUAAGUCUAAAUAUUUCUUUUGCAGAAUUUAAAUUUGGUUUAUGGUGGGAUUUGCAAACCUGCUUUCAAAUAUGACCUGUUAAAGUAUCAUCUGCUUGGAAAAGAUUUUGUCACCAAGAUGGAGUUGAGUAGUGUCAAACCUAGGCAAGGGUAAUACAGCUAAAUGAAACCUCACCUGCUAUUACCUUUUAGCAGUAUACUGUGUUUUACUGUGUAAAACCUCUGCAAUGUUUCCACAAACCAAAAUCUCCCCAGUAAUAUAAACUAUGAGAGAAAUGUU